AUGCAGCUCUUCACGUGGAUGUUUGCCUUGUUUGCCCUUGUCAUCAACGGCGUGGCUGCCCACCGCAUCAGCACGCACUCCAUCGACACGAGCGGAAGCUUUGUCAUGAAGGAGGAACGCAGGGGUUUCGAGUACAGGGCAGCUUCGGCCAUCAAGGAAAAGGACUCGACCAUCAAUCAGCAGGCUUCGAGACUCGAGCGAUUGAGGCAACCUGGCCAUUUUGUGUGGAACAUCUCAGGUGAAGACUUCUCAAAGAUGACCUAUAGCAAUUAUGUGGACAGUCCCAAGUUCGCGCUUUUGCAUGACGGCGGGUUUUGGUUGCGUUAUUAUCCCAAAGGACAGUUCUGGAGCUUCGAUGGGUGGGCAUCCGUCUACUUGAUGCACGACACGGAGUGCAGUUUGUACGGGAGUAUGACAGCGGACUCCGUUUCAACCACAAUCGGAGGGCUCUCAACAUCAUGGGGCCGGAAAAGAUUUUUACUGACGCCGAAGCUCCACGGAAUCAGUGUGAACCUCACGAAGUCGCAUUGCGAGGUUGCAGGAUAA